AAGCAGGAACUUUUUUUAAAUGAACACAGGUUACUUACAGAAAAGGCGGGAAGAUGCAACAACAACAAAUAAACUCGUCUUCACUUCAAUUUUUCAGCACCACUCGUAACUGAGUUUCAUAAUCACUACAAAAACACAGAGAAAUUCAUCAACAACCCCCAUUUUUGUUGUUGAACAGAAAAUUUUGAAGGUUUACUUUAAGUUAAAAUGGACAGAAUAUACGUUACAGUUAGGGCUCGACCUCUUUCUUCAGAAGACGCAAAAUCAAGCCCCUGGAAGAUUUCCGGCAACUCCAUUUUGUUCCUUAAUUCGUUUUCUAAGUUCGAUUUUGAUAGGAUUUUUGGAGAAGAGUGCAAGACUAAGGAGGUAUAUGAAGCUCGUACUAAGGAAAUUGUUUCGGCUGCUGUUGGCGGAUUUAAUGGCACUGUAUUCGCUUAUGGGCAAACAAAUAGUGGGAAAACACACACAAUGCGUGGAUCUUCCAGUGAACCAGGAGUGAUUCCUCUUGCUGUUAGGGAAUUGUUUGAUAUGAUUCAGGAGGUUCCUGAUCGGGAAUUUCUUUUACGAAUGUCCUAUUUGGAGAUUUACAAUGAGGAGAUAAAUGACCUGUUAGUUCCUGAACACAGAAGACUGCAAAUCCAUGAAAGUCUUGAGCGAGGAAUAUUUGUAGCUGGAUUGCGUGAAGAGAUUGUUGUCUCACCCGAACAAGUCCUUGAUCUUAUGGACUUUGGAGAAUCUCAUCGACACAUUGGAGAAACCAACAUGAAUUUGCACAGUAGCAGAUCUCAUACAAUAUUUCGCAUGAUAAUUGAGAGUCGUGAUAAAGCAGGAGAUGAAGAGCCCGAGAAUUCAUGUGAUGCCGUCCGCGUCUCUGUUUUGAACCUAGUUGAUCUUGCUGGCUCAGAACGUGCUGCAAAAACUGGAGCAGAAGGUGUACGUUUGAAAGAAGGUUCUCAUAUCAAUAAAAGUUUGAUGACGCUUGGAACUGUUAUAAAAAAGCUCAGUGAAGGUGCUGAAAGUCAAGGGAGUCAUGUUCCCUAUCGAGACAGCAAACUUACACGUAUUCUGCAACCUGCCCUGGGAGGCAAUGCUAAUACAGCUAUAAUUUGCAAUAUUACACUUGCCCAGAUUCAUGCGGAUGAGACAAAAAGUAGUCUUCAAUUUGCAAGCAGAGCUUUACAAGUCACUAACUGUGCACGUGUUAAUGAGAUCUUAACUGACGCUGCCUUGUUGAAAAGGCAGAAAAAAGAAAUUGAGGAGCUUCGAGCAAAAUUGCAGACUUCUCAAUCAGAACAUCACGAAGAAGAAAUCCUCAACUUGAGGAACACAUUAUUACAGAUAGAGUUGGAGAGGGAGCGAAUAGCUCUGGAGCUGGAGGAGGAGAAAAGAGCCCAAGUAGAGCGUGAGAAGAAGCUGGAACAGCAAGCAAAGAAAAUUGAGAACUUGAGUUCUAUGGUAUUGUACUCAAACAGGGAUGAAAUUCGCGAUCAUCCUAAAAAGGACAAGAGGAGGGAUACAUGGUGCCCUGGUAAACUCACAAAGGAGACAUCGAGAGAAGUAUCUCACAUGUUGGAUCCAAGGACUUGUGGUAGAAAAGUGAGGGAAGAGCGUGACGAAGGACCUCUUGUUCCUUUUAAAGAACUUGUAAAUGAAAGUGAAGGUAAAGUUAAUUUCUCUACCAAACAAAAGGAAGAUCCUGAUAACCGUAUUUCAGAUGAUUGCCUUCUUCCGGAUCCAUGUAAUUUGCUCAAAGUUACAAACAGGAGAAAAAUGCCACAAAAGAAAAAAACCUUGCCUAUGGAGAACAAUGAAUUACACGAACUGCAGGCAGAAUAUGAGGAACUGUUUCUGAGAUCUGAAACUCAGAGGAUCAUUUAUGAUGUACAACUUGAUUGCUUGAAAAGAACUAUGUCAAAAACCUGUGCAGCGACCUUUGAUUACCCCGCUUAUGUUCCCGACAAUAAUUCUCUAUGUAAUGAAAAAAGUAUGCAUUCGGUAGAUACAGAGGCUACACUUUUAAUUGAACAGCUAAAAGAGCAGAAUAAAGUGUUAGAAAUGGAGAAAUUAUCAAGUGAACGGGAUUUAAAAAGUAUUAUUGAUUCCGUAAAAAAGGAGAAUACAUGCGCCAUGGAAAAAUAUGAGGAGCUCUGUCAAGAGCUCCAGAAUGCAAAAAAGGAGGCUGAAGUCGCUCGUACUGAAUUGAGUGAAAGAUAUGCUGAAUCAGCAAAGGAAUGCAAUUCAAAUUCAGUGUUGGAGCUUUUAUUGGAGGUCCAACAAACAUGUGAAGAAGUCCAAAGCUUGAGUACUUUGUCUGGUUCCAUCUCAUCGGUCACUGAAGAACUUCUCCAGAGCCAUUCCUGUGCACUUAAAGAGUUGUCUAAUUUAAAAUCCUUUUUGUGUGAGAACUCAUUGUUACUAAGAUCAAUUGCUGAUGAUCACGGGAAGCUAAUCAAAAGUUUGAAAACCAGAAUAAUGGAACUUGAGGAUGAAAAGCUUAUGUUGAUGAAUCAAGCAACUGAUCUUAGGGAACAACUGCAAGGUGCAAGUAUUAAGGCACAGGACUCUGAAAACGCUUUGGCUGAUCUCUCAGAACAGUAUGACAUGGAAAAGUCAGAACUAUUUUCUCACAUUGAAAUCCUUGAAAAGGAACUCUAUUCCUUGUCUUCUUCUUCAUUGUCUCGAGAAAAGGAAUCAUUGAGGAAAGAUCUUGAUAAAACAAAAACUAAGUUGAAAGAGACCGAGUCUAAGUUUAAGAAUGUAAUGCAAGAGAAAACCAGGCUUGAGGGUGAGAGAGCUAAUUCUGAAAGAGAGAUGAAGAAAUUGCAUAGUCAGAAGGCUCUUCUUGAGCGUGAUAUCUGCAAAAGGGACUCCCUUGCUGGUAGAAGACGCGAGUCCUGUGUUAAUCGUCCCAAGGCAGUUGAUUCCAAAAAGACCAGGGGUCAAGAUAACAUUAUGCAGCAGACAUUGCAGGAAGAUUACAAGAAGCUGGAAGUUCUUGCUUUCGAAAUGGAGACAACUAUUGCUUCUCUCGAAGAGGAGCUUGCUGCAGCAAAUCAAGAAAAGGAAGAAUUACUUGCUAGGAAUGAAAGUUUGAGCUUUGAAAUCGAAAUGCUUUCCAACAAGUUUGACACAUCAAACUCUGAAUCAAAUUCAUUCCAAGAGGAGCUUUUGGACUUCAGAUUGAAGCUGGAGAAUUCUGUAAGCUACCAUCAGAAUUUGGAAAGCCAAAUUAAGCAAUUGGUUGAGGAAAAGGAAGAGCUCGCUAUGCAACUUACAAAUGCUCUUUUAGAAGUGGAGGAGGAAAGAGCAGUGUGUUCUGCAAAGGAAAAAGCUUCUGUUGAAGCCAUCAAUGAAAAAGUACAUGUCUAUAAUGAUGAGAUCACUUCAUUAUCAAGUGAACUAUCAAAGGUGAGAAACGAAAUGGUGUCUUUCAGAAAAGAAUACGAGGUUCUUCAGGAGAGACUGAAAUGUGCAGAGGGGCACGCAGAAUUGAAGACGAGAUGCAGCAUGGAGGAUUCAUCUGAGAUUGAUCAACUGAAACGUGCACUUGAAGUGGCAGACUCUGAGAAGAGAGAUUGUGAACAUCUGUUGAAGUUAAAACUCGAUGCUUUAUCUUUGGAUCGAAGUCGCGCAUUUGAAGAAGUAAAUAAUCUUCAGAUGGAGUUGGCUACUCUAAGAAAGGAGCAAGAAGAUUUAACAUGUAGAAUCAAGGAACAGGAGCAAGGAUCAAAUUUGUCUACUGACUUGCAGAUGAGUAAAAGUCAGCUUCAGUUAAUGACAGAAGAGAGGGAUAGAUUGAAAUCACAAAUAGAAGAGCUGCUGGGAAAUGAGGUUGAAUUCAAACUUAUUGGACAAUGUUAUGAUGAAAAGUUGCUGACAGCACAACAUGAAGCUGAACUACUUUCAAGGAGAUUAGCUGAACUGGAACAAAAGAUGCAUGAUGAUGAAGUAAAGAAGAACAAGGAGAUGACGAAGCUCAAAAUGAGACUCCGAUCCACACAAGCAAAAUUAGAUGCAUUUCGGGAGAGGUACAAGAGGGGUGUGGACGAGCAGGAAUACAUGCACAAGAAAUUUGAUGAAGCUUCCACUAAAUUAAAAGACCGGUUAGCGUCUUAUGGUAUAGAGGUACUUAACUUGAAGAAGCAACUUGCUGUUGCAAACUCUCAUUCAUCUAAUUGUGUGUAGAUAUGACAGAUUACAGCAAGUUAUGUAAAUUAGGGAGUAAAUUUGGGGAUUUAUGUGAAGUUUAGUGGAUUAACAGAGUUUCUGAAAGAAUGUAUAUUAUAAAUGCACAUCAAACCAAUGCUCGCAGUAAUUGAUUGUCAUUAUAUUUGCAGCUUGUGUAUUAGAAGUAGAUCAACAAAGAAUCUAGCUUUUGUAAUUUAAACGAUAGCUCAAAGCUUGUGUUAUGGAAAUGUAAUUGAGGUGGGCUACAAGAUAUUUCAUCUUAUCUGGAGUAA